UCGGCAUACAGUUGCAAGUUUGAUGGAGAAUCGCCAUCAGGAGAGCAGCAGACCGUCACCUGUGUUCAGCCUCCGGCCAACUUAUGUGUGACCAGUUGGUGCGUUGGCUCGGCAGGUAGUUUGACCUGUGGGCCGGGCAACGGCAACGACCCCGUUUGCAUUUCCGGUGCUACGGGCCAGGACAUCAGCAACUUUGCGUUCUUCUACACCUGUUGUCCGGGAUCGGCCACGACAACCACGACCACGACCACAACUACCACUGCGGUGCCCAGCUGCGUCAAUGAGGAGUUCGAUUGUCCGUCCGAGGUUGGUUUCUUGCCUUUGCAGGUGAUCAACACAGGCAACCGAAACAACCAGAACCUCGUGGCCAGCAUCCGAUCCUUGGACAUCACCACUGGCCAGUACUCCGACGUUUGUGAGGUCCAAGGUGUGGAUCUAAACGCUUGUGGGCUGGCUCAAAGCAACUUCAUCUACUGCGUGGCGCGUGACUCCAACGAAGGGGAGAUAAACCCAGGGCAGUUGGUUCGAGUGACAUGUCCACUGCCCACUCAGGAGGGCCCUGGGGUCGGUUCGGUGUGUUAUUUGGGCUUGGUGCAAGGAAGGCCCUUCUCCGGCACCACAGACACCCGCGUAGAUUCCAUGCUAACCCUCAACGGCAAUACGCUUUUCAAUUACUCAAACAUCGAUUCGCUGGUGGCGAACGGCCUCGGGUGGAGUUUUCAAAAUCAAUCUACAGAGAACUUGCCCCGCACAUCCGCAAGCACCAAUGUUCCAAGCAGCAGCAGCAUAGCAGAUUUCGUGGUGCUGCCCGACACAACCUUUGAGGGAGAUACCGGGGAUUGGUUUGUCGGCUGUGGCCGUCAAAAUCUGCCCAACAACGAGGAGAGGGCUUUGGUGUAUGUGCAGCUGCUGGGCUCCAACCCCAUGGUGUCCUAUGACCUGAGCAUGGUGCCGGCGGGUCCAGGCAUUACUCUGCCAAGGGGCAUUUCAGGAGCACAGUGGAUCUUCGGCUUCGUCGUCUUCUGCGCAUACAACAAUGGCCAGGACGGCGUCUACCAGAUAGACUUGAACACC